UUGCUUGCGUCACUAUCAUAACAAUUUCAGUUUCCAAUUUCAGUCUCGUGUGCGAUCUACGUCUGAUAGUGUGUCGACUCUCUCGGUUCUUGUUCUUUUGCGGAAUAUUCCUCUUUUCAAGCAAGCGUCCAGCGACUUUCGGUGUCAAUUUAUUUUGAUAAGAUAAAAUUUUACACCCCCAGUGCCUGCCUUCCCAUCCUUCGAAAAACAUUUGAGUUCGCUUCGAUCUCGUGACAUAGACUGCACAUUGCUAGUUGUUUGUCCGGCGCUUCGAGGAGCAUCUAGUUCCCGGAAAAUAAGUGUUUUUCAAACUCUUUUCAGUCCUCUUACCUAAGGACAAGCAUGAACUUACCUUAAUCAAGUUUAACUGCUUAGCGUAGUGUUUCUAGUUCUACGUAGCUUUGUAUCAUACUUAUCAGUUAUUUUUAGUGUUUAAGUGCCCAAGGUGUUAAGUUCAACGCUCCCAGCACAUGGUUACGGCGUGCUUAGAAGGAUCUCGUUAGUUCUGUUUAUUGUACCUGGCAACUGGUGGAUUUGAGCCUCAGUGGACUCCAGCUGAGACCUCUCGAAUUAAUCUAAUUGUCUUCCGCAAACAAGGAUCUUACAACGUUAGGUAAUGAAUAAUUGGUCUUUCCCGCCUAACGAUGGUCUGUACGACUCGUCGCUGGAGAAGGAGGCUUGUGGAGUUGGGUUCAUCGUCGCCAUCGACGGCAAACGAUCUCACAAGAUCGUUCAAGAUGCCGAGAAAUUGGCCAUGCGGAUGAACCAUCGCGGUGCAUGCUCCUGUGACAAUGACACUGGGGAUGGCGCUGGAGUGCUCACCGCUAUCCCUCAUGACUUUUACUCCUCCGAGCUCAGAGAGAAACAAAAUGUGGUGUUGCCGCCCUUUGGAGAGUAUGCAACUGGUAUCAUAUUUAUGGAUAAAACCCACCACCUGCAGAGUGAAGAAGGCUUCAAAAACAUCGCCGAAGAGCUCGGCUUACAGGUUCUUUGUUGGCGCACUGUCCCUGUUCAUAGUGGGAGCAUUGGUGAGGUAGCCAGAAGCAGUGAACCGUUCAUGAGACAAGUCUUCGUUACAGGGAAGUUCGAGGAAGAUGUCCUGAAGAAGAAGGUAUUCACUCUCCGCAAACGUGCAACGCAUACUAUUCCAAGGCCUGACUCCAGGUUCUACAUUUGCUCUUUGUCUUUGAAAACUGUAGUCUACAAAGGACAGCUCACCUCCGAUCAAUUGUGGGCCUACUUCACUGAUCUCAAGUGCCCGGAUUUUGAUACAUAUUUAGCGCUAGUUCACACAAGAUUCUCAACGAAUACAUUCCCCAGUUGGGAAAGAGCACAUCCUCUCAGGUGUCUUGCUCACAAUGGUGAAAUUAACACGCUUCGAGGGAAUGUCAAUUUCAUGAAAGCUCGUGAAGGAGUGAUGAAAAGUCCUUAUUUCACCGAUUUGAAACAACUGUAUCCUGUUGUGGAGCCUAACCUCUCUGAUUCUGGUUCUGCUGAUUGUGUACUUGAGUUCCUAGUGCAUGCUGGUGGACGCUCUCUGCCAGAGGCUGUGAUGACAAUGGUACCUGAGGCAUGGCAAAAUGAUGCGACAAUGCCAAAAGAAAAAAGGGACUUCUACCACUGGGCUGCUUGCGCCAUGGAGCCAUGGGAUGGUCCGGCUCUCUUGACAUUCACCGAUGGUCGUUACGUUGGAGCCAUUCUAGACAGGAACGGUUUGCGUCCAUCUCGUUUUUACGUUUUGAAAGAUAACAUUAUGGUCAUGGCUUCAGAAGUCGGUGUUUAUGAUACGGACCCUGCAAAUGUUGAAUUGAAGAGUCGUUUAAAACCUGGUCGCAUGUUAUUGGUAGACACUCAGGAAAAAACUGUCAUUCAGGAUGUAGAACUAAAACUGCAGAUUGCCAGGAAUAGACCUCAUUCCGACUGGUUGAAAGAACAGUUGAUCACCAUGGAAGAUUUACGCAAAGAGGCUUCUGCUAGAGCUGUUGGUCUCGUCAAAGAGAAAUCCAUAGAAUUCGAGAGUGGUGAUGCCAAAAAGACGCUGAGGGACAAUCUGCCCGGUGAAGAAAUGACCCGUAUUUGGGGUGGAGAUAGGCGAUUAUCACUGUUCAGCUAUUCUAUUGAAACUAUCAACAUGCUGAUUCUUCCAAUGAUCAGAACCAAGAAAGAAGCAUUGGGAUCAAUGGGAAAUGAUGCCCCGUUAGCUUGCUUCUCUGAGUUCCAGCCGUUACUCUAUGACUAUUUCAAGCAGUUAUUUGCUCAGGUUACAAAUCCACCCAUCGAUCCAUUCAGAGAAAAAGUUGUGAUGUCACUGAUGUGUCCGAUUGGUCCUGAAGCUAAUAUUUUGGUCCCAAGUCCAAAGCAAUGCCAUAGAAUCAUUUUGCCGCAUCCAAUCGUCUCCCUUCUGGAUCUGGAAGUGUUAAAAAAUAAUGUUCAUCGUGGCUGGAAGACGCAUGUGAUUGAUGUAACUUUUGACAAGGGUGAAGGACCUCCAGGGUUUAUUAAAGCGUUAAAUAGGAUUUGUGAGGAGGCUUGCGCUGCUGCCCAAAGUGGAUUUCAAUUAAUUAUUUUAUCUGAUGCCAAAGCUGGAGCAAACAGAAUUCCAGUGAGUAUGCUCCUUGCUCUUGGUGCAACGCAUCAUCAUUUGAUCGAGGAAAGGCAAAGGAUGAAAGUUGGGCUCAUUCUGGAAACAGGCGAAGCCAGAGAGGUUCAUCAUAUGUGUGUCCUUCUGGGUUAUGGCGCUGAUGCUAUUUGUCCUUACCUUGUCUUUGAGAUGGCCAAGAGCUUACGAGCAGAGGGUGUUUUGGAUAGUACUUUCACAGAUAAAGUUUUGUACGAGAACUAUUCGGAUGCCAUGGAACGUGGCAUUGCCAAAGUGAUGGCCAAAAUGGGAAUUUCCACCUUGCAAUCGUACAAAGGAGCCCAAAUUUUUGAAGCUGUUGGUCUCUCUGAUGAAGUUAUUGACAAGUGCUUCAGGGGUACCCACUCACGUAUUGGAGGUGUUACAUUUGAAGUCCUGGCUCAAGAAGCUUAUGAUCGGCAUUUCCUCUCUUAUUCUGAAAGGACUACUGAUAUGCUCGUACUCAGGAAUCCAGGUACAUUCCAUUGGCGAAGUGGAGGAGAAAAGCAUAUCAAUGAUCCUCUCAGCAUUGCUAAUUUGCAGGAAGCAUCUGUAAGCAACAGCAAAAAUGCAUAUGCCAAGUUCUGUGAAUCAACCAUGGAGAGUGUAAGAGCAUGUACCAUCCGCGGGCAACUAGAAUUAGUAGUAAAUGACAGCCCUAUCGAUUUAGCCGAAGUCGAACCAGCGAAAGAAAUCGUCAAGAGAUUUGCUACCGGUGCAAUGAGUUUUGGUAGUAUCUCUUUGGAAGCUCAUCAAACUCUAGCUGUUGCCAUGAACAAAUUGGGUGGAAAAUCGAACACCGGAGAAGGAGGUGAGAAUGCUGACCGUUACUUAAAUCAAGAUCCUGAUUACAAUCGCCGAUCUGCAAUUAAACAGGUUGCAUCUGGUCGAUUUGGUGUUACAAGUUCCUAUUUGGCUCAUGCUGAUGACUUGCAGAUUAAAAUGGCACAAGGAGCCAAGCCAGGGGAAGGAGGUGAAUUACCUGGAUACAAGGUUACCAAGGAUAUUGCUGCGACACGUCAUUCAGUUCCUGGAGUUGGUUUGAUCUCUCCACCGCCUCAUCACGAUAUCUACUCAAUUGAAGAUUUAGCUGAACUCAUCUAUGAUCUCAAAUGUGCAAAUCCUAAUGCUCGAAUUUCCGUUAAACUAGUCUCUGAAGUUGGCGUAGGGGUUGUUGCCUCUGGUGUUGCAAAAGGCAAAGCUGAGCACAUUGUUAUUUCUGGUCAUGACGGAGGCACUGGUGCCAGCAGCUGGACAGGAAUCAAAAGUGCUGGGUUACCAUGGGAAUUGGGUAUCGCUGAAACACACCAGGUCUUGGUAUUGAACAACCUCCGCUCCAGGGUCGUGGUCCAAGCUGACGGACAAAUCAGAACUGGUUUUGACGUUGUUGUGGCUGCACUGUUGGGCGCAGAUGAAUUUGGUCUCAGCACAGCUCCACUUAUUGUCAUGGGCUGUACAAUGAUGCGUAAGUGUCAUCUGAACACUUGCCCAGUUGGAAUCGCCACGCAAGAUCCUGAACUCCGCAAAAAAUUUGCAGGAAAACCAGAACAUGUUAUUAAUUAUUUGUUCAUGUUGGCAGAAGAGGUAAGGACUCACAUGGCCCAUCUAGGCAUAAGAAAAUUCCAAGAUCUAGUAGGUCGAACAGAUCUCUUGCGUCCAUCGGAUAAUGUUGUGAAUAAUAAAGCAAAGCUGUUGAAUCUCAGUCUGAUCUUGAAAAACGCUCUUCAUCUAAGACCUGGUGUUAAUAUCGUCGGUGGAUCUGAAUCUCAGGACUUCCAGUUGGAAAAACGUUUGGACAAUGAAUUAAUAGCACGGGCGCAGCCGGUUUUGGAUGGGAAAGAAAAACGAGUGGACAUUGAAAUGGUUAUAAACAAUGAGUGCAGAGCUUUUACAAGCACUUUAAGCUACCAUAUUUCCAUGAAAUAUGGCGAAGAGGGAUUACCUCCGAACAGUAUUAACAUUAAACUCACUGGUCAUGCAGGCCAGAGUUUUUGUGCAUUUAUGACGAAAGGGCUUCAUGUAACUCUUGAAGGUGAUGCUAAUGAUUACGUUGGCAAGGGUCUGUCAGGAGGUGAAGUGAUUAUUUAUCCACCCAAAUCUUCAACCUUUGACUCAGUGAAGAAUGUCAUUGUUGGAAACGUUUGUCUGUACGGUGCAACAUCUGGUAAAGCUUUCUUCCGUGGCAUUGCAGCUGAAAGAUUCUCAGUCAGAAAUUCUGGAGCUAUUGCUGUUGUUGAAGGUGUUGGUGAUCAUGGCUGUGAAUAUAUGACAGGAGGUUGUACUGUAAUAUUGGGUCUUACUGGUCGAAAUUUUGCUGCUGGUAUGUCAGGCGGUAUUGCGUAUGUUCUAGAUGUGGAUGGUUCCUUUAGAGGAAAAUGCAACCCUGAGAUGGUUGAACUGCUUCCACUUGAGCUUCAAGAAGAUUUAGAUUAUGUCAAGUCACUUUUGAUCGAGUUCCAUGAGAAAACAGGAUCUGAGAUAGCAAAGGAGUUGGUGUCUGUAUGGCCAGAGCCUGCUAAGAAAUUCAUCAAGGUGUUCCCGUAUGAAUAUCAACGAGCACUACGACAGCUUGCGGAGGAGGCAGCUGCUGAGAAAAAGGUAGAAGAUAUCCCGCCCGCCUCACCCACUCCUACCCCUCCUCCUGUUUCGGAACAAACUGUGCGUGACAUCGAAGAAACGGUCUAUGACACAGCUUUAGCGACAAAGAAAGAAAAGAUCCUGGACAAAACACGUGGCUUUUUGAAGUAUGGAAGAGAGACUGGUCCAUACCGACCAGCAGAGAAGAGACUUAAAGAUUGGGAUGAAGUGUACAAUUUCCAGCAUGUUCGUAAAGGAUUGCGAGUACAAGCUGCACGUUGCAUGGAGUGCGGUGUACCUUUCUGCCAGUCUUCUCAUGGUUGUCCGCUCGGCAAUAUUAUCCCCAAAUGGAAUGAUCUCGUAUUUCAGAAUAACUGGAGUGAAGCUCUCAAUCAGUUACUGCAAACCAAUAACUUUCCUGAAUUCACCGGGCGUGUUUGUCCUGCACCAUGUGAAGGAGCUUGUGUACUGGGAAUAAAUGCUCCAGCAGUUACCAUCAAAAAUAUUGAGUGUGCCAUCAUUGAUAACGCUUUUGAACAAGGUUGGAUAAAGCCGGAGAAGCCCACAUUCAAGACCGGCAAGAAAGUUGCGGUCGUAGGUUCUGGUCCAGCUGGUCUUGGCGCUGCUCAUCAAUUGAAUAAGGCAGGGCACCAAGUCACUGUUUUUGAGAGGAAUGACCGCGCCGGUGGAUUAUUACAGUAUGGAAUCCCAACAAUGAAAUUGUCAAAGGAAGUUGUUCAACGUAGAGUCAAAUUACUUGCCGAUGAAGGCAUCAAUUUCCAAACUAAUGUCAAUGUUGGCAAAGAUAUAGCUGCUAAGGAAUUGUACGAGGAGUACGAUGCAUUGUUGCUCUGCACAGGAGCAACUCUUCCAAGAGACUUGCCAAUACCAGGUCGACAACUCGAAGGUAUUCAUUUCGCAAUGAACUUCUUGGAAACCUGGCAGAAAAAACAAAUGGGCAACGAAUUAACAUCUCUUAUUUUAGCCAAGGACAAGAAUGUAGUUGUGAUUGGAGGUGGUGACACCGGCUGUGAUUGUAUUGCAACCUCCUUAAGACAGGGCGCUAAAUCCAUAACAACGUUUGAAAUUCUCCCGCAGCCCCCACCGGGACGUGGUCGUGAUAAUCCUUGGCCACAGUAUCCAAGAGUGUUUAAAGUGGACUACGGUCAUGAGGAAGUAAAAGUCAAACAUGGUGAUGACCCGCGCAAAUAUAGUGUUCUCAGCAAGGAAUUUUUGGAUGAUGGCAAUGGUCAUGUGGCUGGUAUUAAAACAGUACAAGUUAGCUGGACGAAAGAUGAGGUCGGCAGAUGGAAAAUGGAAGAAGUUCCUAACUCAGAAAAGGUCUACAAGUGCGAAUUAGUAUUACUUGCCAUGGGUUUCUUAGGCCCAGAGCAUUAUAUAGCUUCCGAGUUGGAAUUGGAGUUGGAUCCUCGCUCAAACUAUCAAACUCCCAGCGGGAAAUUCACUACAAGUCUGCCCAAAGUUUAUGCAGCUGGAGAUUGCAGAAGAGGACAGUCACUGGUGGUGUGGGCCAUCGCUGAAGGUCGACAAGCAGCUAGAGAAAUAGAUGCGCAUUUGAUGGGAAUUUCCACAUUACCUGGUCCAGGAGGAGUCAUAACGCCUUUGAGCACUCAGAAAGGAUAAACUGAUGAUCAGAUAUGAAACUGAUUCCACCGGUGCUAUUCUAUGGGUAUUAGAGGACCCAUGUCCUCGUUUGGAUGCUUUACCUUCCCCAAGCUCCCAGCCCGAAGUCCCUCGCUGUCAACGUUGCUGGGUUUUCUGUUAAAACAAGCUCUAUCUCAGUAUUUUUAAUUAAAAAAAUAAUAUUGUAUUAUUUUCAUUAAAUUAGCAAGUAUUUAUGAUGUUUAAUUUAUUGCUGUUGUUACAAAACAUUUUUAUCUUUGUAGACCUAAUCUAUAAAAAACGAGAAAGCAUAUUUAUUUUAAUGUUGUUGUAUCACUGAAGUUUUAUUUUAAGCUCUCCUAGAUGUUUGUUAUCGGAAAUUUUCCUUUGCCAUCUUUUUUAAUCAGAGCUGUUAUUGCUGAGUCUAAACCAAGACAAUAAAGUCAGGACUUUGUCGCCUCUUCAAAAGUUAGUUACAUAUAUAUUUUUUUUAUUGAUUUUUACUGCUUAGUAGAAAUGAUUACAUUAAUUAGUUUUCCAUAGAGGAUUUUCACUAAAAUCUAACUUGCGCCAAAGUUGAAGUGCUAAGACUGUUACUUUUUUGCCUGAAGUCAUUAGUUUAGUUUCAGUUUUUAAUCCAGCUUAUUGAUUGCAUUUCAUCAAUCCGUUUAUUUUUUAACCAGAAUUACUGAGAAUCCUAUGAUUAUGGUCCUCUCUUUGGCAUGAGUGCUUUUUCAGGUGUGUAAGGUUGGUAAAAAAUAAAAUAAAUAUUUUUUUCCAACUAUGGUAUCGACAGUGAAGUCUCAUUUGGUCUUCAAUGAAGGGGGGCAACGAAACCUGAAAUCAAAUAUUUAUCUAAAUAUAUUCCUGAUAAAAAUCAAAUAUAUGUAUUGUCACAGACUUUAUAAUUCACUUUUCACAUGGACUUUCUAGACCGCUUUGCUACCAAGUUACAUGCAACACCUUACAUUCUUAUGUAAUCUGUUCUUGAAAACGUUUACAAUGAUGCAUCGCUACUGUGAGGAAUCUUGUGUACUUAAAUAUCCUUUAUUUAAUCAUUGUUUUGUCUUACUGUAGACAGUUUUUGUUGUAAUACCAUAAGUCUAAUGAGAAUGGCAAAGUUAAUUUCAAUAUUUUCUUUCACCUAGGAGUAUGAUAAUUUAAGCAGACAGCAGUCAUUUAUAGCAGCAAUGAUAUCCAUAUUAUCCAUAUAUGCCAACCAUUAAUGCCAUAUAUGUCCAUUAUUUUAUGAGCUGCUCAAAUUAAAUGACCUAAAACCAUUUUGAAGUAAGUGCUUCUGAUCACCAGAGAAGAAAAAAAGUGCUUCGGUGCUAAAAGGAAAAAAAUUAAAAUAAACAAAUAAUGAAAGAUGAAACAUCUCUAAUUCUCCCAGCUCUUUCACUCUUCUCGUUUUAUUGUCUACCAAGUGAUAAGAACCUGCUCUCUCUAAGCACUGAAAGCAUGAAUCAACACUUUACAAGGAUCCAAAAUUUCUUUCAGCAAAGUAGAGAAAUUGCUUUUUCAGUGAUUAUGAUAGGGCAAAUUUCAUUAAUUUCAUCUAUUGUUUCCCGAUCUUUGUGUACUUUUAAGUGUCAAAAUAUUCUGCUUAAGCUUAAAAUCUAAUAAGUUAAUUUUUAGUCAAUUUUUGGUAUCUUCAUCAUUCAGCAUGUUGAUGCAUGAACACUGUUCUGAUCAUCCCAAGGAUCGUAUUAGCAUUUUAAAAAUUUUCCUCUGAACUAGUCCGAAGAAGUUUCCUGUAAGUUAUUUCAUCGCUGGUUUUUAAUUUUUAAGUUAUAGUACGACAUUAAUUAUUUUCCCCCCUCCUGUUCAUGGGUUUUAAGUUCAGGGUUGCCAUAGUCGAUGAACACCAGGGAAUGUCAGAGUAAAAUUGUUAAACCACUUUGAUUCACUUUCUAGAAUAGCUUCGACAUUUUGAAUAACAAAUCUUGGGAGAAAACUAUUUGAAACUAUGUCCUUCUAACCAUUCGGCAUAUCUUUGAUUGGAAGGAAAUUUUAUUAAAAAAUGUCAAGGAAUUGAAUUUUUUAAAUCCUGUGGCAACCCUGUUAAGUUAUUACACUGGCUUAAUAUUUCAUGAGGUUCCUUUUGAUUGCCUGAGAGGAGCUAAAAUAUUUAGUCACAAGUGGAUGAGUUACUGGAAUGAUGUUCCAAAAGUCUAAUUUAUUUACAAGAGGAACCAUGUUGAGUACUUCUUUUGCAUUUUUAAGUGUUGAAAUUAAAAAUAUGUCCUUUUUAAUAUGUCAUGUUUAUUUUUGAUCAAUGUACUGAAUGAAAGUGAGAGCAGAUAUUAUUGUAGCCUUUGGUUUUUGUUAAAUAAAAAAGAUUUGAUUCUGUCUAA